CUGGAAUGAUAAAAAGUGAUAAUGAAGAGUAUUUCAUUGAACCCUUGGAAAGAGGUAAGCAGAUGGAGGAAGAAAAAGGAAGGAUUCAUGUUGUCUACAAGAGAUCAGCAGUAGGACGGGCUCCCAUAGACAUGUCCAAAGACUUCCACUACAGAGAGUCGGAUCUGGAAGGCCUUGACGAUCUAGGUACUGUUUACAGAAACAUUAACCAGCAGCUGAAUGAAACAGUGCGACGCCGCAGACAUGCAGGAGAAAACGAUUACAACAUCGAGGUACUCCUGGGAGUGGAUGACUCUGUGGUCCGAUUCCAUGGCAAAGAGCACGUUCAAAACUACCUCCUUACCCUGAUGAACAUUGUGAAUGAAAUUUACCAUGAUGAGUCCCUUGGAGUGCAUAUAAAUGUGGUUCUGGUGCGCAUGAUAAUGUUGGGUUAUGCCAAGUCCAUCAGCCUCAUCGAGAGGGGAAACCCAUCCAGGAGCUUGGAGAAUGUGUGUCGCUGGGCUUGCCAACAACAGAAAUCUGAUCUCAACCACUCUGAACACCAUGAUCAUGCAAUUUUCUUAACCAGGCAAGACUUUGGACCUGCUGGAAUGCAAGGAUAUGCUCCAGUCACAGGCAUGUGUCAUCCAGUGAGAAGUUGUACCCUGAAUCAUGAGGAUGGAUUUUCAUCUGCUUUUGUAGUAGCCCAUGAAACUGGCCAUGUGUUGGGAAUGGAACAUGAUGGGCAAGGCAACCGGUGUGGUGAUGAGACAGCCAUGGGGAGUGUCAUGGCUCCCUUGGUACAAGCGGCAUUUCAUCGUUAUCACUGGUCCCGAUGCAGUGGUCAAGAACUGAAAAGAUAUAUCCAUUCCUAUGACUGUCUCCUUGAUGACCCUUUUGAACACGAUUGGCCCAAACUUCCGGAACUUCCUGGAAUCAAUUAUUCUAUGGAUGAGCAAUGUCGUUUUGAUUUUGGUGUUGGUUAUAAAAUGUGCACUGCGUUUCGAACCUUUGACCCAUGUAAACAGCUGUGGUGUAGCCAUCCUGAUAAUCCCUACUUUUGUAAAACUAAGAAGGGCCCCCCACUAGAUGGGACUGAAUGUGCUGCUGGAAAAUGGUGCUAUAAGGGUCAUUGCAUGUGGAAGAAUGCCAAUCAACAGAAACAAGAUGGCAACUGGGGGUCAUGGACCAAAUUUGGCUCCUGUUCCCGGACAUGUGGAACUGGUGUUCGUUUCAGAACACGCCAGUGCAAUAAUCCCAUGCCCAUCAAUGGUGGUCAGGAUUGUCCUGGUGUUAAUUUUGAGUACCAGCUUUGUAAUACAGAAGAAUGCCAAAAACACUUUGAGGACUUCAGAGCACAACAGUGCCAGCAGCGAAACUCCCACUUUGAAUACCAGAAUACCAAGCACCACUGGUUGCCAUAUGAACAUCCGGACUCCAAGAAAAGAUGCCACCUUUACUGUCAAUCCAAAGAGACGGGAGAUGUUGCUUACAUGAAACAACUGGUGCAUGAUGGAACGCGCUGUUCUUACAAAGAUCCAUUUAGCAUAUGUGUGCGAGGAGAGUGUGUGAAAGUGGGCUGUGAUAAAGAAAUUGGUUCGAACAAGGUUGAGGAUAAGUGUGGUGUCUGUGGAGGAGAUAAUUCCCACUGUCGAACUGUGAAGGGGACAUUUACCAGGACUCCCAGGAAACUCGGGUACCUUAAGAUGUUUGAUAUACCCCCUGGGGCUAGACAUGUGUUAAUCCAAGAAGACGAGGCUUCUCCUCAUAUUCUUGCUAUUAAGAACCAAGCAACAGGACACUAUAUUUUAAAUGGCAAAGGGGAGGAAGCCAAGUCACGGACCUUCAUCGAUCUUGGUGUGGAGUGGGAUUAUAACAUUGAAGAUGACGUUGAAACUCUUCACACUGAUGGACCCUUACAUGAUCCUGUUAUUGUUUUGAUUAUACCUCAAGAGAAUGAUACCCGCUCUAGCCUGACAUAUAAGUACAUCAUCCAUGAAGACUCUGUACCUACAAUCAACAGCAACAAUGUCAUCCAGGAAGAAUUAGAUACUUUUGAGUGGGCUUUGAAGAGCUGGUCUCAGUGUUCCAAACCCUGUGGUGGAGGUUUCCAAUACACUAAAUAUGGGUGUCGUAGGAAAAGUGAUAAUAAGAUGGUCCAUCGCAGCUUCUGUGAGGCCAGCAAAAAGCCGAAACCUAUUAGACGAAUGUGCAAUAUUCAAGAGUGUACACAUCCACUCUGGGUGGCAGAAGAGUGGGAACACUGCACCAAAACCUGUGGGAGUUCUGGCUAUCAGCUUCGCACCGUACGCUGUCUUCAGCCGCUCCACGAUGGUACCAACCGCUCUGUGCACAGCAAGUACUGCUCUGGUGACCGUCCCGAGAGCCGCCAGCCCUGUAACAGAGUGCCCUGCCCAGCCCAGUGGAAAACAGGGCCCUGGAAUGAGUGCUCCGUAACCUGCGGUGAAGGAACAGAGGUGAGACAGGUCCUGUGCAGGGCGGGGGACCACUGCGAAGGCGAAAAGCCUGAGUCGGUCAGAGCCUGUCAGCUGCCUCCCUGUAAUGAUGAGCCAUGUUUGGGAGACAAAUCCAUAUUCUGUCAAAUGGAGGUGCUGGCCCGAUACUGCUCCAUACCUGGUUAUAACAAGUUAUGUUGUGAGUCAUGUAGCAAGCGCAGUAGCACUCUGCCACCACCAUACCUUCUAGAAGCUGCUGAAACUCAUGAGGAUGUUAUCUUUAACCCUAGUGACCUCCCUGGAUCUCUAGUGAUGCCUACAUCUUUGGUUCCUUAUCAUUCAGAGACCGAUGCUGAGAAGAAAUCUUUGGGUAGCAUCUCUGCUUUGGGAGGUCCAAACACAUACGCUGCUUUCAGGCCAAACAGUAAACCUGAUGGUGCUAACUUACUCCAGAGGAGGGCGCAGCAGGUAGGAAGUAAGAUGGUGAGACUGGUCUCAGUACCGUCAUCCACGCCCACCAAGAAUGGCCACCUCCAUUCAGCUUCACCUGUGUCUGCUGCUUCCUUCCUUGCAACCCAUGAUGCAACAGGUGCUUCUUCUCAGGCAAGAACCUCAAAGAAAGAUGAAAAGAGUAUUGACAAGAGACGUCCGAUAAGAUCAUCCAUCUUAGAAAGAUGAGAAACAUGAACCAAAAAAGACUGGAAAUCAGAGGGAAACCUGGACAACAUCCCUCUCCCCAUGGUGCAUAUGCUUGUUUAAAGUGAAAUUUCCAUAGAUCAUCAACCCAUUUUAGCUGUAAGUGGAAGGACAAAAAGUGCUGGUUCACUUUCUAGUUGCUUUCAUCCUUCUUUUGUUCCGCAUUGGCUAAUUUACCAGAAUUCAUUGGAAGAAAGCACCAAAGAUUAUUAACAGAAGAAAAAUACAUUGCUAAGUGUUGGUCACUCUCUGAAGCAGAAAAGGGACUGGAACCAAUUAUGCACAUCAGCUGAUUUUUUUGUUUGUUUUAAAAAAGUACAGUAAAAAUAAAAAAGAGAUACCAAUGGUUUACACUUUAACAUGAAAUUUUGAAAAAGGAGCAAAGAAUUUUUAGACUUGUAUUCUUAUUUAUCUAUAUUAGAAAUAUUAUAUGAGCAAAUUUGCAGCUGUUGUGUAAAUACUGUAUAUUGCAGAAAUCAGUAUUAUUUUAAGAGAUGUGUUCUCUAAUGAUUGUUUACUAUAUUACAUUUCUGGAUGUUCUAGGUGCCUGUCAUUGAGUAUUGCCUUAUUUGACAUUCUAUAGGUUGAUUUUCAAAGCAGAAUAUUACAAAGGAGAAGUUAGAAUACAGCUACUGAUGAUACAGAAGGUUUUAUUGUAUGGUUUUGUUGAAUCAACAAUGUGAAAUCUAAAUUACAGAAAAAGAAAAACUACAGACAUACAGAUCUUAGCUUACUUAUUGCCUUCUAUUCUUAUAAUUAAAAGGAACAUGACUGAUGUUUUAGUAUACUUAUGGUCACAGGGAACAGUAAAUGAGCCUGUGCAAGAUAAGAGUAAAAGUCUUAUCAAGACCUCAGUAGGUGCCAUUGAGGUGUCCUAUGUUUUUGUGUUUUUGUCUUUAUUUUCCUGUUGCUGAUAUAUACAAACAGCUAUGCUCAAUGUACUGUAAUAAUCACAAAGGAAAUUAUUUUGAGAUAACUUGUUUGUAUGUUGUUAGCUGAGCAAAGUAUUACCAAUCUAGAAUUGACAUUCAAAGAUAGUAAGGCUUCAGGGCUUUGGAAGCAAGUUCAAAAAAGUAUUUAUCAAGGUUGAGGUAUUUAUUUUCUGCAUGGUUCAUAUUCAAAUGUUCACAACCACAAUGCAUCUGACUGCAAUAAUGUGCUAGUAAUUUAUGUCAGUGAUCACCUUGCUCACAACCAAGCCAGAAAUGCUCUCUCCAGGGAGUAGAUGUAAAGUACUUGUAUAUAGAAUUCAGAACCGAAGAUAUUUAUUAAAAGUUGUUUUUUUUCAUUAUAGUAUUUUUAUGUACUAAAUACUUAACACUAAUAGCAAUGACAUAUUUUGGUAAACUAGAGAGACAGACAUGAUUAGAGAUGCAUGCUUUGUUCUGUGCAUAGAGGAAAAAUUUAUUCAAACUACCACAGCCAACUUGGAAAGCUAAAAUUGAACAAAUCUGAUGUUAUGUGAACAUUUUAUAUUUUUUAAGUAGUUGAUAUUAAAUUGGUGACUUGUUCCCCUACAAGGAAACAUUAAACUGUAAGAACUCAGCUAGUUGUUUAAUAAAAUAGUGAAUUAGAACCAUUUAAAAAAAGUUUGUGAGAGAAAUAACUUUGUAAAUUACACUUAGAAAAGAAAGAUGAGUGUUAUAAGCAUAAUGUUUUUGAAGUCAGUAUCUGAGCUAUCUAAAAAUAUAUUAUGCAAACUUAUAUGUAAAUAUGUUGACCUCCCAAAGUGCAGGAAGUCCAAGAACUUUUGCGUUUUAACCAUUGUAAACUAACAGCUUAACCUAUUGAUUCUAUACCUCUAAAGAAUCGCUGCUACUUUGUGCAAGAAUUUUUGAAGGUCAAAUGAAUUAAGUGAUUCCAGAUAGUAAAACAAUCCCAGAGUCUUAAGUCUUUUUUUUUCCCCUAAAAUUUUUCCUUUAAUGAAAUUCUCUCUAGUUUACUUGCGUGUGCAUACAUCUGGUCCACAAGGGAAUAUGGAGAAAGAUGGUCUCACACAUACACCUCCCAUAAAGAUGUACAUAUUCAUUAUCUUUCUGACCCUCAAGCUUUCUUUUCUACUAAGCUAAAAAUUCCUUUUUAUCAAAGUGUACACUACUGAUGCUGUUUGUUGUAUUGGGAGCACAUAGCAAUAAAAAUGUUAAGAAAAUAUA